AUGUUCAAGACCAGUUACCUGCGCGAGGUGCGCAAGGAAAAGUAUGAGCGCUCAGAUGUCUUCGAUGAGGAACCUGAGGACUCUGAAUCCUAUGCAGGCAUCUCAGCCAUCCAAGGCUGGGAGAGCCUUCAGGAGCUCAACAGCCGCUUUGCCCGGUACAUCAACAGGGCGCGAGUCCUGGAGCAGCGCAACGCCGUGUUCCGCAAGCAGCUGGAGACAUUGCAGCGUAUGGAAGAGGCCAGUGGCCUCGAGGAGGUCUUCACAGAGCAGACUGAAAUCAACAGACAGCGCAUUCGAGAACUGUCCUCCGACCGUGCCAAGCUGGAGCGAGAGCUGAAGGAUGCUUGCCGCAUGCUAGAUGAAUUUACCAGCAAAUAUAGAAAUGAAUGUGAUUAUCAAGAACAGCUGCGGGGCACGUUGGAACAGUUAAACAAGGAGGCUGACAGUGCUCUGCUGAGAAACCUGGAGUAUCAGAUUCAAUCACAGUUCCUGCAGGACGACAUCAGCUCCACCAGAGACAGACACAAGAAGAACCUCGCAGAGAUCCAGACCUAUGUAAACAUUUUGCAGCAAAUCAACCAGACACUUCCCCUUGUUCCCAAUGUGUCAGUGGGCAUCUCUGAGGAGCAGGAGAAGCUGCUGGCCCAGAGGAAAGUGCCAGGGCUGCAGAGUCAGCUGGAGGAAUAUAAGAGUGCCCUCUGUCAGCUACAGGCCCAGAAGCAACGCCUACAGACUGAGACUACAAUGUUGGAGCAAGCCAUCAAAAACACACAGGAGAGUUAUGACGAUGAGAUCCAAAUGUACAAUGAGCAAAUCGAAUCUCUGCGAAAGGAGAUUGAGGAAGCCGAGAGGUCACUGGAGAAGAUCACCAAUGAAUGUCGCCACCUGGCCAUGUACCAGACAUCUCUUGAGAAUGAGCUGGAGAGGUACAAGAGGAUCAUCGAGAAUGAAGAUAACAGGUUGAAUUCAGCGAUAAUUGGCACUCCCAUUACCCUGUUCACUACUAAUUACCGCUACACUCAUACACCCACUGCUUCAAGCAGGGGGAGAGAUAUCACCCAGGCUAUCCAAGAAAUCACCAGCAUCAAGCCCCGCCAGAAGAUCCUGGCCAAGAAGGUCCUGAAGAAGAAGGAGCUGACCCCAAAAGAUGUGAUAGACAGUGGCCAGGAGGAAAGAAAUGGGGGAGCCGUUGGAGAGACUCCAGAUGAAGAAACAAAGGUGAUGCCAUCUGAGGAAGUGCAGGAGGACAGGGUGAAGAGACAAGAGGAGAGACCUGUUCACAGUGGAGUGUCCCCACAGGAUGUCCCAGAUGGAGCUCAGAUCAGCAAAGCCUUUGACACUCUUUGUAACAUUGUCAGAGACAGAAUGAGGAGAUACAAGAAGCCUGAGCCAAUUGCUGACUUCUACACCAAGGGCCGUUAUGUCCUUGUUACUGGCGAUGGAAGCUACCCGGAUCCCUGCUUCUACACCUCUACACCAUCAGCUGGCCACAUCUAUGUCACUAUCAGAGAUGGAAUGAUGUCUCCCUAUGAGCCCUACGGGCGCAGUACACCCUCUCCUCCACCUCCUCAGCCCAUUCUUGACCCCAGGCCUCUCAGUCCCACCAUGCCCCUUAACGCAGGGGGAAAGGAGAACAAUAAGGGUGGAAGAGGUAAGGACAAUGGAGGUAAAGGUAAGCAAAAGAGCGAAGAGCCUCACCCCCACUCUAAAGAUCCGAGCCCAGUCCCUCCACCCACUGGUCCAAGCGCCGGCCCUAAAGAGCCUACCCCAGCUGCUGAUCAGUCCAAGAAAAGCAGGGAUGACAAUGGCCCAAGCGGACCCACUCCAAAGCCAGCGCCUCGUGGUGCCAGCACCAGCUCCAGCUCCAGUUCUAGCACUAGCACCAGCACCAGCACCAGCUCUAGCAGCUUCACUCCAGAUGCGAUGAGCUAUGAGAAGGUGGAGGUGGUGGAGUCUGUGGAGAAGUUCUCCAAUGGCCGCAAGGUUAAAGGAUAUGAGGAGACUUCCAUGGUGGUGGAGACCAUGAUCGAGAAGUCCAGCAAGAAGAAACACUGAAACCACGUCACCUGACAUGAAGAGUCACUUAACUCCACUGAGGUCCUGCAUGGUCCAGGUCCUCUAACAAGAAGACAAUACUGAUGUUGGUAUCAGACUACAUAAAUACCACUGUUCCUCAAAGUGCUGUAAUAAGACCAGUGCUUUGUCUCUGAUGGAGACCAAAGAUGCUUAAGGACCAUCUACACAUUCCUGCUUUGAUUUUCAAGCUCCUCCAUUUGCUUGCAGUCUCUGGUCUUGCGUCCAGAAUACGUUUUGCUGGUUUCAUAAGUACUGCUGUUGUUGUUCGACUUAACACCCAUGAUCAUGCUAUGAGUCCUUUACUGUCUGAAAACUUGGGAGAAUGAAAAAUGAAUCUCCAUGCCACCUGUAAAAAUUCCUAAGAAAACAAAUAAAAAACUGAGAAGUUGUGCCACCCUUCAGAACUCUUAGAAUUUCAACUUUCCCCUUUUGAGCUCAUUUGUUCAAUUGGAUGCCAC